AUGGUUUGGUAGAACUGUUAUUACAAAAAAAUAUCGGAACAAGAUUUGGUAGAAGAACAUCUAUAUGGAAUUAAUUUGUUUGAAAAAUUUGAAUAAACUUAAGAAACUAAUUUAGACAAUAACAAUUAUUUAGUCUCUUCACAUAUAACAACCAGUUCUAAAUUAAGCCAUUCUGUUCCACAAUAAAAUGUUAAUCAAAAAACAGAUGAUUUAAUAGAAAAAACAGAGACAGAAAUCACAAAUGAUUCCGAUUUAGUAACUGUAGAAACUAAAUCAGAUGAAGAUGUGACCAAUGCUCUUUCUGAAAUUUAAAGUAAAUAGUAUAUCAAUUUCUAUUCAGUAUAAGAUUUGUAAGAUAAAAUAUAAAAUUAAUAAAAUGAAUAUUAAGAUAUCAACUAAAAUUAAGAUUAAUAAAAAGAUUAAAAUUAAGAUUAAUAGGAAGGGAAUAGAUUAUUAUAAAAUGAAAAUGGAGAUGUAUAGUCAAUUUCUGAAACCUAAUUUGAAAGUUAAUUAGGAGUAUGCUUGUCUGGCAAAUUUAAUUAGAAAAGAACUCUCAAAGAAGUUACUGUUUUGAAAUAAAGAAUUGGGUUAUCAGCAGAAUUUUAAGGUACAUUAAAAGAGUAAAAGUUUCAGGAUAUUUAAAAUCUUGCGUUUCACUCAAUGGAAAUUGUUGAGCGGAUUUAUUAAAGAGAUAUUUUUCAUAUCAAGGGUAAUCAUUAAAAACUGUGA